AUGCGUGUAUGCAGGAAUACUACGAUUCUUGUUUUUGUACUGAAUUGCCAUGUGCGGUGUGCCAGUAGUCGCUUAGUAAUCGGCAUUACCUUGUAUCUACUUAGUAUUAACUGGAUGCUCUUCGGGAGAGAUUGUGCGAAUAAUUUAGUUUUUUUUUUUUUACGUUACUUUGUAAAAGUAAAACAAAAAUAUUGUUAAUUUGAUCAUGUAUCACGUAUACAUUCUUCAGUGAUUUUUAAAUUAAAAUCAAGAUUAUUAUCAAUCUACAUGGAGUCAAAUGAAAAAAGCAGAUUAACUUGUCAAAAAUAUAAUAAUUACUCAUGUAAAACACACCAAUUGCACAAAAAAAGUAUAAGUCGAGUAUUAUGGCUAGCGUUUGUAGUAACCAUGCCAUGCCUAGCUCCGGGUAUGAGUUUUGGAUAUUCUGGCAUCGUCUUAGAUCAGUUGCGAUUGUCAGUAGAUGAACAGUCUUGGUUUGCUAGUUUACCAUCUAUCAUGAUGCCCAUUGGUUGCUUAUUUAGUGGUCCACUCAUUGACAAAUUAGGACGAAAGACUGCACUAAUGGUAACAACCAUUCCAUCUUGCUUAGGAUGGCUAUUGUUAGCUCAGCAACCUGUUAGUUUAUGUGUACUUUAUAUAGGACAGUUAUUAGUAGGCAUGUCAGUGGGAUUGUCUACUACCCCGGCCACUGUUUAUUCUGCUGAAUGUAUCACAGUAAACUUUACUGGAUUACGAGGGUCCUUCACAAUUAUGACUUCAAUUAUGCUUAACUUUGGGAUGUUCCUUACAUAUUUAUUAGGAUCACUAGUUCCAGCAUAUAUCGUAGCAUAUACAGCAUCGUUUGUAUCUUUUGCAGCACUCAUUUUUAUUAGAGCAUUAAUACCCGAGAGCCCCCCUUGGUUAUUCGAACAAGGUCGGCAUGGUGAUGCAGAGUUUUCCCAAAAUGUUCUCCGCAUUACUCAGCCUAUUUUACAAACAUCAAGAGUAAAAUCACUGGAAGAAAUUCCAGUACGUCAGUCCAAAAUUUUAGAUAGACUUUUUGAACCAGAUGUUUACAAACCGAUGGUUAUAAUGACAAUAUUCCUGUUCUUUCAGCAAUUUAGCGGAUCGUUUGUACUUACAUCGUAUAUGAUACAACUUUUACGCAGCUUCAAUGUGACAAUAAACAAUUACUUGAUAACAUUAUUAGCAGGAUUUACAAAUCUUAGUGCAAUGAUGAUUUUGUCAAUAUUAUUAACAAAAUCAGGUUUUAAACAGCUAUCAUUUGUGUCAUGUACUGGAUAUUCUUUAUCUAUGAUAUCAUUGGCUAUUUUUUUGUACUUGGGCAUUGAUAAUGAAUUGAUUACCAAUAUAGUUGUUAUCACGUGCAUAUUAUUGAAUAUGGCUAUGAAUGGAUUGGGCUUAAGGCCAAUACCGUAUGCUAUGCUGGGUGAAGUUUUUCCAACAGAUGUAGCCGGAGUAGCUGGUUCAAUUGUUGCUUGCUUAUCAUCCAUAUUUAAUUUUAUUGCUAUUAAAAUGUAUCCUUAUAUGCGAAUAUGGUUAGGACCCGGAGUAUUUAUGAUAUACGGGAUAUUAGCGUUUUUCACGAUCAUAUUUGUACUUAAAAUUGUACCAGACACUAGAGGAAAAACUAUAAAACAAAUUGGUGAUGACUUUUUAAGAACAGAUUCUUCAACAGAAACUAUUUAAAUAUGUAAUUUAAAUUUUUAAGGAUCUCAUUUUAAAUAU